AUGGAGGCGGGCGCUGCCCUCUCCCCUGCUGGGGGUGCUGCUGGUACUGGUGCCGCUGGUGCUGCUGGAGCUGCUGGAAGUACUACUGGUGCUGCUGGAGCUGCUGGAGGUGCUGCUGGUGCUGGUGCUGCUGGUGCUGCUGGAGCUGCUGGAGGUGUUGCUGGUACUGGUGCUGCUGGAGCUGCAGGAGGUGCUGCUGCUACUGGCGGUGCUGCUGGUGCUGCUGGAGCUGCUGGAGGUGUUGCUGGUGCUGGUGCUGCUGGAGGUGCUGGUGCUGCUGGUGGUGCUGCUGGUGCUGGAGCUGCUGGAGCUGCUGGUCUUGGAGGUGCUCGUACUGGAGCGCGUCCCUCUGCCGUCUCCUCCUGCGUCCUCUCUUCCUGA